UGCGUGCGUGUGUGUGUGUGUGCGUGUGUAUUUUUUGAGUAUUUUGCAGACAACAAAGCGAGAAUCGAAGUCCUUAGAAGAAUAAAAGAAAAAGUGCUCGGAAAUAAUAGAUGAAAGAAAUGCAUUAAUGGCGUCUCGGUCUAGUGUCGCAGGCAACAUUAUAAGCAAAAAUCUCUCAAGUAUCUCGUACCCCUAGGCCGCUGAGUGCAAUCUGGAUUGUGUCUUGAAGUGCCCUCUCUUUGUGUGAGCGACCCAGAAAUAUAAUCCAGAUUAUCCAUAGCCUAGUGCCAGGCGUUUGAAGCACAUACUAAUCAAUUAUUGCCCCCCUCCCUUCACCUCCCUUGUGCUUCUAAGGUCGACUGCAGCAGCAGCAGCUGAUUUAUGACAGGACGACAAAAUGAACUAAGAGUCUUGAGUCGUCAGCCACAACAAGAAUCGCAGCGGAGAUAACUGUUAUACAGAAGCUCCCAUCCCCCCUCCACUCAACAUCCCCACAAAACGGUCGUAGGGUUCACCCCCUCAAGUGUCAUUAUGGGCAGCGUCUGGAAGCGUUUACAGCGCAAUUUCAAGCGAGCGGCCAAGUUCCAGUUCACCGCAUCCUACCACGACCUGCAUCUAGAGACCACCGCUAAAUGGCGGCCAUCGAAUCUGUCCAUUGUGUGGACAAGAAGAUCGAGACGUGUGGCCAGUGCACCAUUACCAUGGGAGCCGGAUAUGAUGAAUCCACUGCUGGGCAAUAUAUCCUGGCCGGUGCCGGACAAUCACACCAUAUCCGUCACCCUGUUCAAGGAUCCCCGCACACACGAGCUAGAGGAUAAGGAUUGGACCUUUGUCAUCGAAGAUGUAACGCCCAUGGGGAAGAAGCGUGUGCUGGCCAGCGCUAGUAUUAAUAUGCGACGAUAUGCUAGCAUCGAAUCUACUCAGCAGAGCUUUACAUUGAGUCUGAAGCCAGUCUCGAAGAAGAUAACCGCAGCCAGCCUGGAACUAACCAUCAGCUGUGUCUUCCUACGAGAGGGCAAGGCAACAGAUGAGGACAUGCAGAGCGUUGUCUCAAUGAUGUCGGUGAACAACAACUGUGAUGUGGCGCCGCUCGACGAUCUGGAGGAUAUACCGGAUCUCGAGAACUUCAGCGAAAUCACGGACAACCUGUAUGACUUUACGCAUCAACUGGAACAGAUGACAACGAGCCUCAAUGGCUGCAUAGAUGUGGCCACGCCGCUAAGUGUACCUUCGUUAUCUGAAGAUCCCACACCAUUGGCCGAGUCCUUUAAUCAAUUGCAUUUUGAACUAGAAGCCGAUGGCGAACGGGAAGCUUCGCAUACGCUUGAAUUGCCAGCUACUUCUGCUGCUGCGGCGGCGGCUGCUGCUGCCGAAGAAGGCUUCAAAACACCCAACGGACUGCAGCCAGUGGUGGAGAGUACACCCACCAGGGGCACAGGUGAAAUGGCACAGCAGAAGACACCCGCUGGCUCACUGGGAUACAAUCACAGCGAGGGCUUCGCCAAGGUGGUCACAUCCACGCCGCUGGAACCAAAGGCAGCCACUGCCAAGGAGCCAGCGAAAGCAAAGAAGGGAAAGGCUUUAAAUUUCGACGCAAAGGAGGACUCUCGGCCAGCUAUUGUCCUGCCAGCUGAGCCCAAAAAGGAGGACACGCCGAAGAGCACGGCCACGGAGACUGCACCGCCGGAGCCCACUAGGGGCAGCAGGGAGCCAGCAGCCUCGUCCAAUGCAAAGCGUGCCGAGCUUCAGCCGCUGAAUCUGAAGAAGAGCUACGAGCCAGUGGCGCCUGCUCCCGCACCUACGCUCCUCAAUGAUUCCAGCAAAUCGCAAAUGAGCAGCCUCAAGCCUGUGGAGAAGAUUGUGCUAAAGGAGAACACACCCGGCCAGGAUCUGCUCGAGUGGUGCAAAGAAGUUACCAAAGACUAUCCAAAUGUGAAGGUUACAAACCUAACCACCAGCUGGCGCAACGGCAUGGCCUUCUGUGCCAUCAUUCAUCAUUUUGUACCAGAUUUAAUCGACAUGUCAAAGCUGAGUGCACACGAGGUGGUGGGCAACUGUCGCAUUGCCUUCGACGCGGCCGAGUCGCUGGGCAUACCCCGUGUCAUUGAGCCGCGUGACAUGAAUCUGCUGACAGUGCCGGAUAAGCUGGCCGUCAUGACAUAUCUGCACCAGUUGCGUGCGCACUUUACCGGCAAGCAGCUGCAAAUCGAACAAAUCGGCACAACCUCGGACGAGUCGAGCUACGUUAUUGGCAAUUACAAGUCGGACAACUUGUCGCAGAACCUCAACUUUUCGCACCUAAAGACGCAGCUGCUGCAUCAGAACUCCUUCGACGAUGAGAUCCAGCAAAUGUCACCGCAAACCAAAAAGGAUGUGAAGAACCUCAUUCUGUACAACUCAAAGAAUAUUCUGGGCAAAGUGCUGUCCCCCACGAAGGACAAGAACUCGAUUAAUGCCACGCAGCAUCAGUCAGGUGUGACGCCAGCCCAGCCGCUGUUUGUGGAGGAAGGCGAGGAAAGUUCUACGCAAUUAGGGGGCAAGGAGAAUGCAGCCCUCUCGGUGCUGGAUGCACAUGCGGCGAAUGAGCAGCGACAGCAGCGGUUGCGGGAGCAGGCACGUCGCCUCAUACUGGAGACGCGCACCAAAACUGGCGGCUCCAUGGACAGUCCCACCAGCCCCACGAAGCCGAAACGCUUCAAUUUUUCACCCGAGCGCACCAUUUCGCCCAUUCAGAACGGCUCCGAGGAGUUUUACUUUGAGAAUCUGAAGAAGUUGGACGAGACGGAGCCGGGCAGUGGGGGAAACAAGAUCAGUCCUAGUCAUAGAUUAAGCAACGUCAACGGCAGUCCGCUGCAAUCGUUCAAUGCAAUUGUGGAGCGCAUCUCACCAAAGCACGAGAAGAGGGGCGAAAAGCUGUCCUACAUCGAGUCCGAGCUGGAGGCACUGGAGCGGGAGCAGGAGGCUAUCGAUCAGAAGGCCAGCAGUCUGGAGGCUAAGCUGCGCGCAGUGAUGGGCGGCAAUCCAAGUAAUAAUCGAACCAAUCGGAACGGCAAUCCGUUCCUUAGGCUAAUCCGAAAUAGUAUUGGUGGUGGUGACGUGAUACGCAUUAAGCUGCUCGACUCCGACGACGAGAGCUUGUUCGGGACGGGUUUGGGUACGGGUGCGGGUGCGGGUGCGGGUACGGGUACGACUGGUACAACCAGCGAAGACGAUGUAACCACCAGCGAUAGCGCCUGCCAAUCGGACGAUGAGGUGCAGGCACAGACACGGCUGCGUAUGCGUCCACGACCUCGUCCCCGCUCCCAUUCGUGUUUUGUAAAUGUGAAUAAAGACAAUCAUCCAUCGAUAAGCCACACAAACCAUGAAAGCCAUCAAGAGCAUCAAUUGCGGCCGCGCCCGCAUCAUGUGCAUCAUGUUGUGCCCUACAGUCACCUGCUAAGCAGUUCCGCCUCGGGCAUGUCCUCCCAGCAGUCCUCCUAUGACAGCGAUGAUGAUGAUGAUGCCCUGGCCAUGGCAGCCACCGGAACUGUGGCCUCCAUGCGGCGGCAGCAGGAUCGCCACAAGCGGCGUCACCAUCAACGGCGCUCCCGCCGAACCCACUCUCGCAACCAUUGCGAAACCGAGGAAACGGAGGAGCAAUUGCUCUCACAGUGGUUCACGCUGGUCAACAAGAAGAAUGCGCUGCUCAGGCGGCAAAUGCAAUUGAAUAUACUCGAACAAGAGAAAGAUCUGGAGCGAAAGUUUACAAUGCUUAAUCAGGAAUUGCGGGCGGCGCAAUCUGUUGAGGACUGGCGCAAGACGGAAGUGCAGCGCGAAAAGGAGCGACUGCUGCUCGAGGAGCUGGUCACGAUUGUGGACAAGCGAGAUCAACUGGUGCAACGUUUGCACAAUCAAGAGAUUGCCAUUGAAGACGAUCACGAGAUAGCCAGGGAGCUGGAGCAAGUGGAUAUCAGCGGUGGGAAGGAAAAAUGUGUUCUACAAUAGAAAACGAAUCGAAAUUCUACGAAACUUGACUGGAGAUUAUACUUAUGAGUACCCCAAACACACACACACACACACACAAUCUUAUCGAUGUAAACUAAAUAGUUAAAGAUAUCUAUGGUAUGUUUGUAUUGUUGUUCAGUGGCACACAAUGUGGCUCUGGGCCAGGGCAAAUGGGUUAGACAAAGAGUACUGUGACACUACGAAAUCGCGUUUGUAUUUAAGCAGAGAGUUCGAUAAUAAUAAAUGAUCAAAACGUCCGUUAGUAAACUAAGUAAAACUCAAACACUGAACACUGAACAGA